AUGGGGACAUUUGGAGCCACCAUUGUGUCGUUGCUCGAGACCUACUCCAAGUGUUUGUCAUUGCUCAAGGGCUUCUCGGGCGGCGGUGACCGAGAUGGCACGCCCGCCGAUCUCCAAUCGAGCCUGGGGAGUUCCCUGCGGUCGGACCGAGCCAGAGUGCGUCGGGCUUACUCCUCCCGACUAUCACAGAAUGGCCGUCGGCUUGAGAAAGGUGACGCUGCCUCGCGGUCGGCAUUGAGACGGGUUGUCAGGAAGCUCAAGGCAGCGCUUGGCGAAGUUAUCGGCAGUCUUGGUGGCGGACGGCCUCCAACAGUCGACCUCAACUCAUUGCUGGCUCUGUCAAAUGGGUCAAGCUUGGAUGCAGUCCGGACUAUCAACGAACUGUCAAGUCGGGUCAGUUCAAGGGCGAGCUCCAUCAGCUCACGACGUAGCAUGGUGAGCAGAGGGAGGCCGAGGUCCAGGCGCCAUCAUCAGCAGUCCGAAGGUCAGGUCAAGUCGAGGAAAUCUGAUAACGGGCGUCGCUCCAAGUCGGAGAGAAGCAAGAACAAGAACUGUGCGAGCCAAUCACCCCGUCGGCGUCUUUACAAGUCUUCUCAGAGUCACCAUACUCUGGCGGCAUCUGGGAAUGAGAACCGAAUCUCUAUAUUGACCACGUCCUCGGACAGUACCAAACUGGGCGAGAUCAGACGGCGACAGUCCACGCAAGGAAUUGCGGCGAGGGCCACAUAUCCGGUACACUUAUAUCCUCAAGAGGAGGAAAAGGGGCGGAAGAAAUGGUGGAAGCUCUUUUGA